AUGACGAAAGCCAGCAACAUCUUCCAAGUGGACGUCCACACGCAUCCCAUUCCUGACUUCUACAAAGAAGCCCUUGUUGCAGCAGGUUACAAUGCAACCAGUACCGGGGACGUAUUCGUGGACGGGUUUCGCACACCAAACUUCACAAUCGAUUCCUACCUCCAAGAGCGCAUCGCAGACGCUUACAACUACUCCAUUCUCAGCAUUACAGCACCGGGAGUGAGCUUCCUGAAAGGCAAUUAUCAAGCAGCAUCUCUGGCGCGUCGGCUCAACGACCAGAUGAGCACCUGGGCGAAGGAGUAUCCUCAGCAGCUAGGCGCCUUUGGCAUCCUCCCUCUGCCAGACACUGAGGCUUCACUCGCAGAAAUCAAAUAUUGCCUCGACGAGCUUCACUUUGAAGGAAUCGGUCUCUACACGAACGUCAACGGCGCCUACCUUGGAGACCCCAGCCUCGAUCCUAUCAUGGAAGAACUCGACCGCCGUGGAGCGACCGCCUUCGUUCACCCAGCUGGUCCGCCACAGUCUCCUGCGCUUCCCGGAAUGUCUUUGCCUGUGAUCGAGUAUACGUUCGACACGACACGCGCCAUAGCGAACCUGCUCUUCACGCAGACCCGUCGGCGGUAUCCAAAUAUCAACUUGAUUUUCUCGCACGGUGGUGGUGCUCUUCCUUUCCUCGCAGACCGACUAGCUGUGCAGACCACUUUGCCGUUCCAGGGAGGGAGAAACUUCAACGAGUCUUACGCCGAGCUUCAGACAUACUACUACGACACAGCUGUCACAUUGGGAAAUCCACAGUUCGCCGCUCUGAAAGAAUUUGUUGGUGCGGAUCGAUUGUUGACUGGAUCGGAUUAUCCUUAUGUGCCUGGGCCGCUUGUACCGUGGAUUCAGGGGAGGUUCGCUAAGUAUGAUGGGUUCACUGAUCAGGACCGCGAGAAGAUCGGAUGGAGAAAUGCGUUCAAAUUGUUUCCUGGGCUCGCGAAGAAGUUCCCUGAGCUGGACAGUGGACCAGCUUGA